AGCCCCGCAGUCCGGCAGUCAACGUGACUAGUUGCUGGUUUCUCCAACUGCAAAGCUAACCCCGCCCCGACGACGGCGCGAUCCGGUGCUGCCAACAAUCGAUUCCGUUCUGGCAACCUGUCGUUCCUUUAUAUUCUCCCCCAUGUCUGGUCGCUUUAAUCAAUUGGCUCGACAUCUCUCUCACCCUCUCGCCAACUUCACACAUCCAUCGGCCGCGACAGUAGCAAGAACCGCACUCGCUGCCACCGCCAUGACAUCAUCCGCAAAGUUCUUCGAGAACAAAUCGAAAACAAUACACACGGCAGCAUGUCUGAUCAUUGGCGAUGAAGUUCUCGGGGGGAAGACAAUCGACACAAACUCCGCAUACUUCGCGCGAUGGUGUUUCUCACUAGGCAUCCAACUCAAACGCAUCGAAGUCAUCGCCGACAUCGAAGACGAGAUCAUCGAGGGCGUUCGCCGAAUGAGUGCCAACUAUGAUUUCGUGGUAACCAGCGGCGGAAUCGGGCCUACGCACGACGAUAUCACCUACCAAUCAAUCGCCAAGGCCUUCGGACUGCCACUCAAAUUGUACGAACCGGCCUUUGAGCGCAUGAAGAAACUCUCCAAACCGCACACCCUACAAGCCGAUUUCCACUGGGAUAAGCCGUCGCCUGCACUGACGGCGCGGUUGCGGAUGAUCGAGUUACCUUAUGACGAGAGUAUCGACGAGGAGAAGCAGAGUCUCUUUGUGGCGGAUGACUCUUGGGUACCGAUUGCGACGGUCAAUGGAAAUGUGCAUAUCUUACCAGGUGUGCCGAGGCUGUUUGAGAAAUUGUUAGACGGGUUGAAAGAAGUGGUUGUGCCGAGAUUGGCUGAUCCAGAGGGCAAUGGUUCGUACCGUGUGUUGAUUAGUACGCCGCUGCCAGAGAGUUCGGUGGCCGCGUAUUUGACCGAUCUGGCGUUGCGUGUACUUCCACAUGGUGUCAAGGUAGGGAGUUAUCCGCGCUGGGGUAAGAAGCGGAAUACAGUGACGCUGGUGGGCAGCAAUAAGGAGUAUAUCGACUCCUUGGUGGCGGAUGUAGAGAAGAAUGUGCAGGGACGACGAGUGUCGAGGGAGGAUGAGGAUGACCCUCCAUCUGACGCUGAGACUGAUCAAUAGACAAUAUUUUAUUAAAGCGCGCCAUAUGUGUAUAUGUUGUGGCAGGAUAUAUAGAAUACUGAAUGCAUCUACAUUUAUAUCUACAUCUUAGAGGUCUUGAUAAUGGGAAUGUACUAGUCAUGGAUAGUCUGAAUUGCUC